GUUUUCAUUCAAAUUUCCUUUAGCUUAAGUGAAUCAAAGAUGCAUUAGAUUUUAGAUUUUCACGUAUGUAGUUAAACCACUGCAUAUGUUCUGAUAGAGUUUAUCUGCAUAAAUGAUUAAUUCCUUGACAAACUCUCAAAUGAAAACCUGCUUAGUGAUAAUAUUGAGCACUGGGCAGGCCUGAAUCAUUGGGAAUUGUUGUAGGCAUCAUCUUCUUGGUCUUGGCCAUCGUGUUCCAGUAUUUUAACUUCACGGCAGAUUCAAAUUGGCUUGUGGAAUACAAUGCAGCAUUGGCAUCUAUCUGCUUCGUGAUUUUGCUUGGAUUUGUAGAUGACGUUUUGGAUGUUCCUUGGAGAGUGAUGGAUCUAUAAAUUAUAUAUGGCACUUCUGGCAGUCUUCUGCACGAAUUCCAUUAGCAUUCAUACUGGUUUGAAUGGUCUUGAAGUUGGGCAAACAGUUGUCAUUGCAUUUUCUAUUUUGGUAAAUAAUAUCAUGCAAAUUGGAGCAUCUUCAGACCCUGAGUAUCAGCAGGCCCAUGCAUUCUCUAUUUAUCUUGUUCAACCCCUAUUGGCCACCUCCUUGGCUUUGCUUUCUUACAACUGGUAUCCUUCUUCCGCCUUUGUUGGUGAGACAUACACUGUCUUUGCUGGAAUGACGAUGGCUGUUGUCGGGAUUCUAGGACAUUAUAGUGAGACACUCCUGGUUUUCUUUCUUCCUCAAGUGUUGAACUUUCUUUUAUCAGUUCCUCAGGCUGUAGGAUGCUGCUUCUGUUUCCUCCUGAGGUACUUACUUGCUGGUUGGUAUAAAUAAGGCAGCGGCAUUAAAGAGCUGGAAAAUCUCAUCCUAAAAAACAUUUGAGUUGUACUUUCUAUACAUCCUUCGGUGGAAACAAAUGACCUGCGAUUUUGGACAUUGUUCGGGAGCGAAAACUGACAAUGGUAUUGAAGCAUUAAUGUACUUUUUGUGAGAUCACCAUGCGACUACAUCUUGUAUUUGUCUUAAUUUUUCUGUUCAGCUGUCUUUUUGACUCUUGGGCUACAUAAGAUUUGUGAAAAAAUGAAACCGUGGCUCAAUAUCAUUUGGACAGUAUUUAGAAUGCUAGUGUUAGAAAACAAGCUAGCACCCUGAGUUCCAACGUCUG